AUAAGGUCAGAUCCAAAAAGGAGUCCCCUAUCUAUCUCUAUGUUCACAACAGCAGGCAGAGUUGCACACCAGCUGUGUCGGCCUCUGAACAAUGGUUGUUUCACAUAACAAAAUGCGCGAAUCGCAGGUUGUAAGCUCUCAGAGGAUCCAGUCAGUUAACACCAAUGCAGAGCGUACCCUGGAGGGCUUCAAGGCCCAUGCAGUCUUCCAGGAGAUCACCAAGAAGCUGGAGGAGGAUGGGGAGUCAUUUGUGAAGAAGAUUGGAGGGGUGUUUUCCUUUAAGGUGAAGGAUGGUCCGGAUGGUCAGGAAGCGACCUGGAUAGUGGACGUGAAGAAUGGCAAGGGUUGCGUUCACAAUGACACAGCAAAGAAAGCAGACUGCACCAUUUCCAUGUCAGAUGCAGACCUGCUGGCCUUGAUGACAGGGAAAAUGAACCCACAGACAGGUCUCCAGGAAAUCACAGACUGCAAAAAGAUAACCAGCCUCGUCACGGACACCGACGUCACGCUUCCAGACAAACUAAACACCUUCUUUGUCCGCUUUGAGGAUAAUAUAGUGCCACCGUCGCAGUCCGCUAACAAGGACUGUGGCCUCUCCUUCUCCUUCUCCUUCCCAAACCGGUCCACAGACGAUUUAAUCGCCAUCACACUGGUGCUUCAACAAAUUACUGAGUAAAGGGCGUUCUUCCAGGGCAAGCUGAAGAUCACAGGGAACAUGGGAAUGGCCAUGAAGCUCCAGAGUCUGCAGCUCCAGCCAGGCAAAGCCAAGCUGUGAGGUAGAACCUGGGGUGAGGCAGAGGUUACCACCCUAGCGCUGGUCUAGGAUCAGUGCUUCAUAUCACUAUCCUAACCUUAACCACUAGGGGUUACAACAACAAACCUGGUCCAAGAUCUGCACUAAGGGGUAACUUCUACAUUUUCUGUAGCUCAACAGCAGCCCCCACCAUCCAACUAGUAGUGUGAGGAGGGGGGGGGGGGGACGCACUGUAGGAGGAAACGAUGGUAGUAGAGAUGGAAUGAUGGAUGGAGAGAAAUACUGUUUUCAACAUCUACCUCUCUUUCUCUGACCCCCUCUGUCUUUUUCUAAUAUAUUAAGGACCAGAACACAUUAGACUAGAGAUAUACCAUAGGGGUGUAGUCUACUCUCUCCAACUGUGUAAUUUUAUAUUUAUUCAAACUGAUUUAUUAUGACUCACAGAAUAUGUUUGUAUGAUGUCAUUAAUUGAAUCAUGCCCCUCCUGCGAUUUCUCACCUUUUUCCUCUUAAGUUUCAUGUGUGUAUUGGUAAUGGAAAUACAAUUGCUCUUGACAAUUGGGACAGGAUGAAUCAUGUCUUGUAUGGUCUCAGAGCUGUGCAACACAGUAAUUUCUCCCUAGUCAGCCUUUGAGAGAUGAAUGGAUAAAACAGUGAAGUGCCUCUCAGGUGUGGAAUAUUCCCUGGUGUCAUGAACAAGUGUAAAAAAAUUGAUACUGUCUCAUAAUAUCAGCUUCAUAAUAUCUAAAACAGGACUGAAUGGCUGGACCACUGAAUGUUACAUUUACAUUUUAGUCAUUUAGCAGACACUCUUAUCCAGAGCUUCUGUAGCUCAGUUGGUAGAGCAUGGCGCUUGUAACGCCAGGGUAGUGGGUUCGAUUCCCGGGAUCACCCAUACGUAGAAUGUAUGCACACAUGACUGUAAGUCGCUUUGGAUAAAAGCGUCUGCUAAAUGGCAUAUAUUAUUAUUAUUAUUAUUAUUAUUAUAGUGAGUGCAUACAGUUCCCUACUCUGUUACUGUGUUACUUUCAGCCAUGUUGUUAUGACUCUGACCAUCUGACCCACUGAUGAUGCUAAAGUGAUUUCUACUAAAUAAACUCUCUUACUAAUAAACACUGAAA